AAGAUUAGAAAAAAUAAAAUAAAAUAAAAUCUAAUGGAUAAAUGUUUGGUUUUCCAUUGGGAUUGCAGAUAUGUGUUGAAGAAAAUCAGGCUUGCUAGGCAGACUGAAAGAUGCAGAAGAUCUGCACAUCAAGAGAUGGCUCUUAUUGCUAGAAUCCAGCAUCCUUACAUUGUAGAAUUCAAGGAGGCAUGGGUUGAGAAGGGUUGCUAUGUCUGUAUUGUUACUGGAUACUGUGAAGGAGGAGAUAUGGCCGAAUUGAUGAAGAAAACAAAUGGUGCUUACUUUCCUGAGGAGAAACUCUGCAAAUGGUUCACUCAGUUACUCUUGGCAGUGGAAUAUCUUCAUUCAAAUUUCGUUUUACAUCGUGACCUAAAGUGUUCCAACAUUUUUCUUACCAAGGACCAAGAUGUUCGCCUCGGGGAUUUUGGGCUCGCUAAGACGCUAAAAGCAGAUGAUUUGGCUUCAUCGGUGGUCGGGACUCCCAAUUACAUGUGUCCUGAACUGCUUGCGGAUAUUCCUUAUGGAUUCAAAUCUGAUAUCUGGUCACUAGGGUGCUGUAUAUAUGAGAUGGCUGCUCAUCGCCCGGCUUUUAAAGCUUUUGAUAUGGCAGGACUAAUAAGCAAGAUAAACCGUUCCUCUAUUGGCCCGUUGCCUCCUUGUUAUUCCCCUUCCUUGAAAACACUGAUAAAGGGCAUGCUAAGAAAAAGUCCGGAGCAUCGGCCAACAGCAUCAGAAGUGUUAAAGCACCCUUACUUGCAACCUUAUGUUGAUCAAUAUCGUCCGUCUUUUAGUUCUCCAACAUCAUGUUCUCCAGGAAAACCGAUUUCAGCUGUCAAUUAUUCUAGAAAAAAUAUGGCUGAAAGUCAAAGCAGUACUAGUUCAAGUAGUGACAAAGACAGUUUGAUGUCACAUGAGAGACACAUUGCAACAUCCGUGCCCGAGCAUAACAAAGCCACCGAAACAGAUAUGGCAUCAAUUGAUGACGAUAGCUCAGAGAAUCUCCUGGCUAGUGAAGAAGAAAACGGCUCUAAUAAUGUCAAUGCUAAAGCAACUGAGCAAGAAGUGAUGAAACCAUCUUAUAAUGAGCCAUGUUCUAAUAUUGAAUCUAAGCAGCCGAAAACAAUUAGAAGUAUAAUGAUGGCGUUAAAAGAAGGAAAACUUAGAGAAGCAACUUCUCCGAUGAGAGGCAAUCGCAUAAAGGUUGGUGGUGUAUCAACACCAAAGACUAAUAUAGAGACGUUGUCCAAAUUGCCAAAACCCAAUUUCACAGCUCCUGGAUUGAAGCCAAAUGUAGAGUCCCCAGCUGUUGCGCAUCCAAAGGGAUCCCCGGACUCUGUAAAACGAAUACAAGGAUUGCAUCCUUCAAAGCAUCAGUUGCCAGUGACAGAGUCCUCACCAAAAGCGAAACCUAGGCACGACUUGACUUCGCCAUCUGGCAAUGUCAAACCAGUAGAGGGAGAAGGACUUCCUGAUAGAACAUUGCAAAGGACUCCCCCUACCUUAACUAGACGACCUUCAUUUCCGGCUCGAAUGAGGCCAGUUGGGCUUGAUGUUCCAAAUGCAACAAAUGAUAAUGGGAAGUCAGGUUCAAAUAGAACAGCUCAGGAGCCCGACAUUAGCCGUUGUCAGUUGACCAAUGGCAAUGUACCACAUCUUUCUAGACCAGCUGCUAGAGAGCCUCAGAAGGCUUUUGGCCGAAGCUCCAAAGGAAUGCAAACAGACAGCAGUAAUUCCGCAUCAUCUUCGGUCUCUAUUCAAGGAUGUGAAAUUUAUGAUGAUGCAACAAUUUUUAUUGACAUGAGAGAAGAAACACUUCCUGAUAACGAGAAUGUACUCAAAAAUGUAGGUGCAGAAUCAUGCCCACCUACAACCUGUGCACAUUGUAAGAAGGUUGAAAACGUUUGCAACAAGACUGGCGAGGUUACCUGGAGUUUUCGGAACACUAAUAGUAAUGAGAAAAUGGAUUCAAGGAUAAGUCUUGAUCUCCCUAUUGAAGAUUCUGAGGUUACUUCUGCAUCAGAAGAUAGCCUUCCUGUUAAACAUACAAGUAUCAAUGUUUCCUUUGGAUCUGAUAAUAAAUCUGUAGGCCCUUGUGCUGAAGCCGCAGACGAAAUCAUAGAUCAUCAUGAUAUUUCUAAGGAAAUAACAUUAGCCACAACUAUCCAACAUCCACUUGAAAAUUCUGCAGAAAAGCCGGUUUAUGGCGGUGUUCUUCCACUAAGGAAGUCUGAAGGUAAGUCUGAAAUCGUUUGUCAGCCAGAACCCAUGUGUAAGUCCUCUGGGGACGACAAAUCCACAGUGAGGGAGCGAUUAUCAUCGGUGUCUGAAACUGCUCCUCUGAUUACAUCUACUAAGCUAUCGAGCCAGAAAGUCUUGCAAGAGAAAGGUACUGUUGUGCAGAAUCCAGCACCGGAAAGGCCAGAUGCUGGCCAUCUUCCUCCGGCCUUUGAUGAUGUCAUCCAUGUAAUACGGCAUAGCAGUUACCGGGUUGGAAAUGAGCAGCCAGUUAAGGAAUCUGUUGAGAAAGGAGUUCAAAAUUUAGAUGUUGGUAAGUUCAUCAAUGUUGUGAGGGAUGAUGUAGAAGCAAGAAAUUCAAGCCCUCCUUUGACAUUGAAAUCUUCUAGUUCCUCUGAACUGCCAAGCACGAAACCAAAUACAUCUGAUCAGUUCGAAACAAGAAACAAUGGCACUCUGCCAAUCGUUAAAUCUCCAAGUUUCUCUGAUGCUUCAUGCAUGAAAUCAACUAUGUCUGAUCAUGCUGGUCUUAAGGAACAAGACAAAAGCAACCCGGUUUCAUUAGUUUCAGAAUCUAAUUCCACCGAGUUAAGUAAACACGAUACUCCUACAACCGAAGACAAACCUCCGGUGAAGGAAAUACUGGAUGUGAAAUCUUUCAGGCAGAGAGCCGAGGCACUCGAAGAGCUCCUAGAAUUGUCUGCGGAGUUGCUGCAGCAAAAUAGAUUGGAGGAACUUCAAGUUGUUCUGAAGCCCUUUGGGAAAGACAAGGUUUCGCCAAGGGAGACAGCGAUUUGGUUAGCGAGAAGUCUUAAAGGAAUGAUGUCCGAGGAAUGCGGAGGACGCGGUUCAUGAGCCUAAAACUCGGCUGCAAGUGCGCGCGCACAUACACACACUUAUUUGAAGAUCAGAACCAAUGGAUGUCGAGCACUCUACUAAUGGUGCCAGCACUGCCACAGCAAGUAGGACCUCAUCAGGCAAUGGUGGCUGCAUCCGGAAACUGAUUUUGGCUCUGGUUUUAGUGUUUGUUCUUUUGAUGGUGAUCUUCAGCAUAGUUUGGUUUGUCAUGGACAUACAAGAACCCACCUUUCAAGUCACCUCAUUCUCUGUCUCCAACUUCAGUGUCUCGACCACUCAACUAAGAGGGAAGUACCAAGUGGAACUAGCCAUAUUGAACCCCAACAAGAAGAUCGAAGUUGUGCUUGACCAUUUCAAUGUGUUGGUGUACUAUGGUCAGGUGGGGCUCUCGGUGGCUGCGACGAAGCCUGUGUACCUUGAGAAGCUGGCCAACAAGACUGUGGUUGUGUCCUUGGUCGUGAGGGACUCGCCCAGGUUCGUGCGCAAGGAAGUGCCAGAGAAUAUGGUUAAGGAAUGGAACAAAGGAGUGGUGAACUUCGACGUUAGAAUGGUGGUUAGGGCAAGAUUUGAAGCAGGAAUCUUGCCAAGCAAGGAAAAGUUCUUGGAUGUUUUCUGCGGGGAUCUUGAUGUGGGGUUCUUCUCUCCAAAAGACAGUGGCAAGCUUUUGGGUAUAGGAAAGCAUUGCCAUGAGGCUGAAGAAGACAUUGAUUGAAAAGAAGACCAAAAGAUGAUGGUAGAAAAAGAACGGGUGAAAACUCAGGUGUAAUUAGCUUCAUAUGAAGUUGAUAGUUGAGAGUUGUUACAUGAUAAUUUAGUCAAAUCUGUUAAAUUAUUUAAUGACUUUCAGUUAUCAACUUCACAUGAAGUUAACUGCACCUGAAUUUCUAUCAAAAGAAAUAUUAGGUGAAUAAAUUAUUUUUGUAACUAUAGUCUAACUAAGUCUUUCUUCUCCUUCCUUUUUAACUAAAAUUUCUAGUUAUCAAUUCUCAAUCUAUUAAACCAACCUGGUUACCAAAAUGAUUUGGUCAUAUAGCAUCACCCUUGGUAGAAAAUGGAACCUUUUGAGUUCUAUGGGUCAUGCAUAUAUUGGAGUACUUAAUUUUGUAGCUGAUAUAAAAAUUGAGCGUCA